UUUUAAGAUAAUAGUUUAACUGCAUAUUUAUAUAUCAAUUUAAAAUAAGUAUAAAAGAGUUAUAGCUUACUUAUUAAGUCGAGACGUCCACAGGGCACAUCCUGGUCGCAUUUCGCGAGCCAAAACAGAUUUGACAAGAACUAUGACUAAAACACUUUCAAGUUUUACAUUGCCAUGGACAUUAUGGAAGCGUACAGGAUGUUUUCGACAUUUUUCCUUUUCAAAAGGAACAAUUUUAUCUUCAGGUGAUAUAAUUAAAAUGUCAACAAAUAAUGAAGAUGAAAUAUGCAAUAGUCUUAAAGUAGCAACUUCCUCAUCAAAAAUAUUAAACAUAAUUGGUGAAAAUCAUAAAACUAUGAACAGUAAACAUGUUCUUCAAGCUUUAAAAUCAAUAUUUUAUUUAGAAAAAAAUGAAAGGACUAAUUUUUCGUCCAUGAAAUCCCUAUUGAACAACCCCAAUUUUGAGAAACUCUGUCGUAAUUUAAAAUCACAGGCUGGCGUACUAGAUUUAAAUGAUGUAGUUGAAUCCUUAAAAAUUUUAACAUUCAUAAAAGUACCAACUAAUAGUACAAUAUCACAGAUUCUUCUACAGUUGAUCAGGCAUAACGUGAACUCACUUAAUAUUUAUCAGCUACUCUUCUUAGACUUUUUACUGAAAUCUUUCGAACCUACACCUUUAGUUGAAGCCCUGAAUAUAGCAUUACCUUUGGUAUUUGAGAUUCAAAUACCGAUAAAAAUGGAUAAACAAAACCCAGCACAUAUGGCAGCAUGCUUAUUUUAUGCUCUUAGAAGGCGUCUAAAUGACAAAACAAUAAAUUUGAUAGUGAGGAGUUUAGAAGAGUAUGAAGGGGAGUUUGAUAUGCCCACGGCAAAGAGUAUAAUUUUAUCGUUGUGUGCCAUGAGAAGAAAUUAUGAUAUUGAAGCCCUGUACCGAAAAAGUGUUACUGAUCUUAUACUUAAUUUUGAUGGAAUAUCUACUGAAGAUGUAGGUAUGGUGUUACAUAGAAUGGCUCAGAAAUAUUGCAGACUCUACUCAUUUUAUUAUCAAGAAGUUUUUUUUGAUACUUGCGCCAAUUAUUGUGUGGAGAACAAAAUUGAUAUGAAAAUGACAGCUGAUAUAUUAAGACAUAGCUCAAGAGUGCAUCAUUUCAAUAAAAAUCUUCUGGAUUAUGCUUCAUCUUUAGUGCACAAUGACCCUUCCCUGAUAUGCACUCCGAGCCGUUGCUACAGCAUUGUUAUAUCUCUAAUUUUAAGUGACUACAAACCUAUUUAUUGGGAUAGUUUAUCAAACUGGAUUAAGAAUGCAAGGGAUUUAGGUUUAGUUGACAAGAGAGAAAUAAUUUGGAUACGAUUUGCCGCAGCGUUAUGUCUGUUAGAGAUAUACAAAGCGGAUGUAUUAUCUAGAGCUCUAAACAGAUCCUAUUUAGAGGCCAUAUUUAGGAAAGGUUUUAUAUCUGAUUUUGAAAACUACUUUAUAAUUUGGAAAUGUAUAACAAGGGAUAAGCCUGAAUUAAGUGAUCUACUGCCUUCAAAUUUUGAACCAAAGACAUUGGUUGAUAGAAUUAUUAUAACAAAUGAUUUUCCACUUCAGGCCGCUUUAGAGAGAGGUCUGGGUAACAAAAAAUACUUAUUAACAAAUUUGUAUUCAAAAUAUGGAGACAUUAUUGAUCAUGCAAUUGUUUUCGAUGAUAAUGGAGAUCCAAUAAUAUUGGACCAAGAUGUGAAGUUUAUAGAAGACUUAAGUAUAAACGACAACAGUCAAUUGGUUCUAAUUUUAGGAUUGCAAGAUUUUAAUUAUACAGUAAAUACAAAAACUCAACGCGCUAAUGUAACAAAAUCUAUUGAGAUCUUAGAAGGAAUUACAAAAAAUUGCCAUGUUAUUCCUGUCAAUUUAGAAUGUUGGUUGGAACUAAAUGAAUUUGAAAAGAUUCCCUAUUUGAUACAAAAAAUUAAAGAAAAAAUUGAUCUUGAUAUAAAUAUGUCAGAGAUUGUAAUAUGAGAAUAAAACUUGUAAAUGAUCUUUA